AUGUUAAACGAAUUUGAAGAUUCCAACUUAGUAAAUGAGACCACAAAUGAAGUAGAAGAAUGUCCGCAAAAUAUUGAUCAUGAGCCUACAUGGCUAAUCUAUCCUUUAGAAAACUAUGGAAUUAGAGUUGAUGAUAAUCCCUCAGAGAAUUUGAUGGAGGAUUCUAUAGCAAAUAUGAAUGGGUUUAAUAAAAAGGUAGACAGCUUUUUAAGAGAUGGUAUUGGGCGUAGUGUUGCAGCUUUAAUUUUAACUCAUAGAUAUUUAUGUCCACAUGUAGUGCUAUUACAAAGUGAUUUGACGAGUGAAUGGAUGCUACCAAAUUGUUUAUAUAGAGCUUGGGAAAAUCCAAGAACUGUAUUAGUAUCAUUUUUGAAGUCUUUGUUUUUUACUGAUUCAAAUUCAACUGAAAACAACACUGCUGAAGUUGGAGAAUAUUUGGGAUCUUGGUGGAGAACGGAAUUUAAUUAUUCUCCUUUACCAUAUUUACCACCCCAUUCUACUCGUCCAAAGGAGCUUAUUCGCAUUUACCAGGUUUUAUUGCCACCUAAGGUUCUAUUUAAAUUACCUAAAUAUCAUGUAUUAAAAAGUUUACCUUUAUUUGAUCUUGAUCCUAAUAUAUUUGGUAUAGCAUGUGGUGGUAUUCCCCAACUUAUAUCAAGGUUUCAAAUUCAGCCAAUGGUUCAAUCUGAUUCUUAA